AUGAAUGAGCCUUGGUGCUCACGGGCAAAGGCGCGGCUGGCGAAGUGCGAGGCCAAGCUCAUUGUAAUCAAAACGCGGAAGGCAAGGACGCGCCUGGUGGAGAUCGAGUACCAGGGCGUCCGGCACGGUGGGGCUAAGGAGGCGCUCAAGGCGGCCUCGGACUUUUAUACCAGGCUCUUUGCGGCCGGAGUGGACUCACCGCUGGACAGGUUGGUGGACAGGCGCUUCUCCCCGGAAGAGGCGGAGGCGCUCUGUGCGCCCUGGGAGGAGGCGGAGGUCAAGCGAGCGCUGGCGGAGAUGGCACCAGGCAAAACUCCGGGGCGGGACGGGCUGCCGAAGGAACUCUGGGAGUCGCAGUGGGACCUGCUAGGGGGGCAAAUGAUGCAAUUUCUGAAGGAAUUUGAGCGGAUGGGGUCGCUCUUUAAGGAGUUCUCGACAGCAGUGACGGUGCUUCUGCACAAGAAAGGCGCAAAGGACGACUUGCAGAAUUACCGCCCGAUUACGCUGCCGAGCACGGUGUACAAGCUUAUCGCGAAAGUACUGGCAAACCGGGUAAAAGGCAAGCUGGAAAAAGUGGUGUCAGCUGGGCAGUUCGGUUUCUCGCCUGGCAGGAGUAUCGCGGGCGCCGUGGCGGUGGCGGCGGACGUGAUCGAUGCUGCGAAUGCCGAACAAGAAGACUGGCUCAUCUCCUGGUGGAUUUCCGCAAGGCCUUUGACUCAGUGGCGCGGGGGUACCUGUUUGACGUGUUGCGGAAGAUGGGCUUCCCGAAGGCGUACGUGA